AUGGUUAAUGAUCUCAAAGCUGUGACUGCUAUAAUAUUUUUGAAUCUAUCCGAAUUACUCGGAAUUUUAAAAUCUUACUACCUUAUAAAAAACAUGGCAAAAUUAAAGCAACUUAUGAUUACUCUCAACAGUCCAAAAUUUCAACCAAAAAACGAGAGACAAAUAAAAUUAAUCGAACCUAAUUUGAAGUUUUGGAAGCAAAUUUAUUACGUGUAUUGGGUUAUGAGUAGUGGCGCUCUUUUCUUUUGGGCUACUUUCCCAAUUUUGGAUAAGUCUGUCAAGGAUCAUCGACUUCCAUUUUUGGCAUGGUAUCCCUUCGAUACGAAAGUUUCGCCAUUUUACGAAAUUGCCUAUGUUCAUCAAGUUAUUGGAGUGAUUUUUGUUGCUAUUUCUACUGUUGGAGUGGACACUUUAAUAGCUGCUUUGUGUAUGUAUAUUGGGGCCCAAAUUGAUAUUUUGUGUGACAAUUUAAGGCAACUUAGUGGGGUAAACUUCAAUGAUUUGCUGAAAACUGUAACGAGUUUUUGA